AUGAAAUUCACAUCUUUGACAGUCGUCGCGCUGCUUCUGGCAGAGAACAAGAAUGGAGAUGCUUUCACCGUGAAACAGCCGAUGUCAGUCUCUCAAAUUCAUCAAAAUCCCAGAAGUACUCUGCAACCGUUGAAGUUUGCUGAAAUUUCUGGUGGAAUGGAAGAGUUGCAAGAAUAUACUGAUGCCAAAACAGUGUCACCUCUAGAAAAGCAGAUUCGAAAGUCGCCGUCGUUCUGGAAACUUGCAGGAUAUGCCACUGUCCCUGUUUCAGCAGCCUUGGGAUUUGGUCUGGUUCCUAGCCGACGAUUGGCAGCUCAUGCAGCUGGAGCACUUGUCACUGGUGUUGCUGGUGCGAUUGGAAAAUCAAAGUUGGAUUCGGUUUCAGAAGUUGUGACUCCACCUGCCAUUGCCCAAGCAAUCUUGGACCACGGAUUAGACGACCCGUUGACCACAGCCGGAUACGUCAAGGAAGUGCAAGAAGUAUUUGGAAUUGUAGAUGACGAAGAAUUUGAAUGCAUGUGCUCUGAUGUAUACAGCAAAUACUUCCUUGGAAUGGUGAAAUUCAACCCCAUCGCUAAAACAAGUGAGUUGAAAGAGUUGACAAAACUAAGGCAGGCUUUGAGUUUGUCAAAUCUCCAAGUUGGAGAAGCGCAUUCUGCUGCCGCCGCUGAAUGGUUCCGCCAAACAUGCAUCUUCACCCCAGAGGAAGACCUUGACGACCCCGAUCACCCAGACCGCCAAGCAAUGGACAAGCUUUUGUUCCUGACGGAACGUGCACUCACCCAAGGUGGAGAGACUCCAGAGGCAUUCCAGUUUGAGAUGACAAGAGUUGCCAAAGCAAUGAAGCUCACAUUAUCAGAGGCCAUGGAUCGAGUUGCUGAUGUCCAAGAACCAUUCUAUGCACGUGCAUUGAAGUCCACCAGGACCAAGUUGGGAACCAAUAGUGUAUCUGGUUCUACCUUGGAGCGCGCUCGGGAAACCCUUGGUAUUGACGAACAAACUGCCUUCGAUAUGCAUGUUGCAGCCUUCAAUGAAGAAGUCAAGGAACUGCUUGGCUUGGGGGAGGAUGAUGAAGUUGUUGAGUUGAACUCUGCCAAGUUUAGCGAGGGAACACAAGCAAGACUGGACCAACUUGCCGAAGUUCUCGGUUUAACCCCUAAAGAUGCAGCCUACGAAAUCGCCGCAGAAGCAACUCCACUUUAUCAAGUCACAGCACUGGAAGCCAUACAGGGUGUUUUGGAUGGACUAAGAACCCCUGAUGGUGCCUGGGAGCAGAUGGAGGUCCGAAGAGAAGAGCUUUUGCUACCAGAAGCGAAGUCUAAGGAUUUGCUUUCUUCCAUGGUAAUGCAAGCCCUCGGAGGUCCCCUCGAGCAAACAAACAAGUUCGCCAAGGUCAACAAUGAAGUUGCAGUCUAUGACAACCUCCUUGAAGCGCUUGAGGCAAAGCAAGCUCUUCUUGCCAUCUUGGAGAAAUCUGGCUGGAAUGAAUUCGAGAAUUUUGAUAAAACUUUUUGCGACCCUUGGGACAAACAUUCUGCCAAUGGAUUUUUGCGACCCGACGAACGCAUCAAGAUCUACAAGAUUUUCUCAUCCAGAUCGCUUCGGAAUUCUGAAGAUGGGAAAAUUUCCGAAGAAAUGUUCGCACGAAUGGCUGAAGUGAAAGGUCUCUUGGGAAUCUCUGACGACCAAGCUGAGGUUGAGUCUCGAGCAACCUUUGGUCCCGAAUUGCAAAAGGUUUGUGUGCGAGCACUAAAUGAAAUUACUGCGGAUUACACACCUGAACUUGCAAAGAAUAUGAAGAAGGCUAUAAAUGAUGAAGUCGAAGCGUACAAGCUUACCGACGACUUCCUUCGAGAACAAGGUGCUUCUUAUUACGCUAAGGCUGUAUCUAUCAUCAGUGAAAAGUCUCCAAGUGGAAUUCCUACAAAGGAAAUGAACGAGGCGCUUGAGUCGCUCCGAGAGAUGUACCGACUUGAAAAGGAGGACACGUAUCCAUCUCACAUGGAGUAUUUUGGAGCUGUCUACCGAAAAAGUAUCGUUGAGGCUAUGGGAUCAACCGGUGUGAUUCGACCCGAACUUAAAGAUGCAUUGAACGACCUCAGAGAUCGUCUUGGUGUGCGAGAGGAAGAUACCAAGCAACUCUUCCUUGAGGCUGUCGAAGAAAAAAUGGUUCCCAUGGUUGAAUGGAUCAACAGUGAAAUGGAACGCACGAUGCUCUCACAAGAGCAACUAGCAAAAAGACGCGGGAAGGAUAUGGGACAAGAUAUGUUCCAAUCAGGAAAGGCGGCAGAUGGGGUACUGGGAGUUGGCGCUGAGGUUCAGAUCAUGAGCGACAUCAUGAACCUAGUUGAUUUUUACAACGAAAACGAAAUUGCAGAGGAGAAGGAAAUCGGCACCGAAGAAGUUGAUGGAGAAACUGUUCCCGUACUUGAGACUUCAUACCCUAUCACAGCACUCGGAUCCGAAGCGAUCGACCAAGAAAUGGCGGAGACCCUAUACCGUCAGUUCGUUGUUGGUGCUUUCACAAAUCAAGGAGAGCAAGCUUCUCGAUACGAGACUUCUCGAGCAACGUUCGGGGGAAUUCUUGGGCUGACAAGCGAAAAAAUGGAAGAUAUCAACAGCAACAUUGGAAGCACUGUGUAUGACAACUUUGUAUCCCGAUCAAUGGCACAAAAGGGAGCACUUGACCAACAAGACAUGAUGUUUCUUGCAAACAUUCAGGGCAAGAUCGGUCUAUCAGCAGAGCAAGGCGAAAAGCUGCUCAUGCAAUCCCAAAAGAAGGUGCUUUCAGAGGAAAUCAAUACCAUCAUGGAUGACCCUACACCUGAACGGGUGAAAGCCUUCCGAGAGAAGUGCAAUGUGAUGGGCAUGGACCUUGCAGAAGAUGUUGGCAUUUCCAAGCCUCGUCUCAUCAGAAUGUUCGAAUCCGAGAUCAUUCCUGGAUUGAAGUCUGGCGAGAUUACAGCCGAAACCAGUGAAAUCCUCACCGAAAUCCAGGAGAGUCUAAAUUUGGAGGCUGAAGAGUGUGAAGAAAUGUUUGAAGCAACAAUUGUGAGACUGUCGAAGCAAGCACUGGGUUUGACUACCAGCGAAUUAUUGAGAGGACGGUAUGACAAUGCAGUUGAUCCGAUCAAGGAAAUUGUCCUUUAUGCCUCUUUUGUUGACGGAGAUUUGGGUUUGGAAGCACCAGAGGAAGCCGAAGCAUACCAAAUUUUCAACAUCUAUGAAUCCCUGGACUUCUCAGAAAUAGACAAUGAGACAGUAGAAGAAAACAAAAGGCUUCUAAAGGCAGCCCUUGGAUUGGAUCAAUAG